GGGAGCCACCCGGUGCCGCCGAGACCACCUCAGAGGGCGGCGGGAGAGCAGCGGGUGCCUCCGCCCGGCAGCCCCGGGGACGGCGGGCCCGGCCGGGCUGAUGCGGCCGGGACUACAUCUCCCAGGGUGCCGCGGGCGGGCACACGGCCCCGCCCGCCUGUCAGCGGGAGCGCUGCAGGUUGACCGUCGCGGCUGCAGAUGAGCGCAGCCCGCGCGGGCGGGGGGGCAGCCGGGGCAGCGCCGCCGGGGCCGGGUCGGCGGCCGGCGCACUAUGCGAGGCCGGGAGGAUGGCGGUGGAAGCUAUCCGUUGCAAUCUGAAUCCAAAUGGUAUUGACCACCCUGGCCCCACAGAAGGUAUUAAUCUGCAACUUGAAGGUGAAGGAGUUGAAUCACCCUCUGUUAAGAACACUAAUACUCCAAAAGGGCCUGAAUCAAAAGAGACACCCAAGAGACAACAAGUGGAGCCAGAAAUAUCCAAGUCCGGGACUGUGAAGCUGACCAAGCCUGUGGCAUUAUGGACCCAGCAGGAUGUCUGCAAAUGGCUGAAGAAACAUUGCCCUAAUCAGUAUCAGAUCUACAGUGAGUCAUUCAAACAGCACGACAUAACUGGCCGUGCUUUGCUGAGGCUUACUGACAAAAAGCUUGAACGAAUGGGCAUUGCCCAGGAAAGCCUGCGACAGCACAUUCUGCAGCAAGUCCUUCAGCUGAAGGUGAGAGAAGAAGUCCGAAACCUCCAGCUGCUUACACAAGAUCUCUACUUAAACCUGGAGCAUGGUUUUUUGAGGGUCAUAGAAAAGCAGCCAGCCCUUACAGCCCAUCAAGCCCCAGCAGAGAGCUCUCCAUAAACAUUUCCAGCCUCUAAAGCUGCUGUCCUGCCACUUGAUAUGAAAGUGAACUUUCCUUCAUGAAAAAAAUAUAAUAAAUGGCACUGCCAGAAGGUGACCAUGGAGGACUGAAGAUGAACUUGAAGUAAAAUCAGCCCUCUCAUGAUGAUGCAUUCUGGGAAGACCUGGUUUGCUGUGGAGUGAAAGUGUGGUGCAUAAUAUCCAGUGCUAAUUUGUUGAAAAUGGUCAUUGACAGACCUUUAGCUGGAAAAUCUCUUCCAGUUCUCAUCACUGUGCAUAACUUUUGAGUUCCCUUUAGGGGACUGUCUAUGCCCUUCACUAGAAGUCCUGUUUUAGCAUGGCAACUACUGGAUUCUUUUAUUAUGUAUGCAGAUGGCAUGAUGUUUUAGGAAAAACUUACAGCAAUUCUCCAAUCUCAGUGGAUAUGUUCACAAUAUUACACCCCGAUAGGAAUGUAAACGUCUUGUAUAUGUUAGUUUUGCAGUCUAAUGGUAUUCUGUUAAACGAUAUCAGCACUUCAUAUGUGCUUUCUGCACAGAACUAGCACAGUCCAUAUAUAUAUAAUGGUCUUUUUUAAACAUACUGAGGAUCCGUUUCAGUGUUUGUGCUGAGACUGCAUCCCAGCUGAAGCCCACUCCUAGCAUACCUUCACCAGUUCACAGUAGAUUGUGUAGAUAGAUUUGCACGUGGCAGAGGUGUGACUUCUUUUAUCGAGACUUAGAGAACAGCUGGCUCAGAGGUAGCCAAGAACAGGGUAGGUUGAAUGAGCUGUAGGACACUGUGUCUGCUCUCCUUCUCAUCCACCAAAUAUCAAAGGUUCUCAUUUCUAGUGUGCCAAUGUGUUUUCUUACUCAGCGAGGGAGAGGCAAAGGAGAGAGCCUUGCUCAGAGACGUGUGUGACCCUAGGUUUGGGCUACGAUAAAACCAGAAUAAACUGGAAGAAUUCAGGUUCUUUAUGCUGGCCACCGUUUAUGUUUUGGGCAGGGCUGGGGAAUUGUAGUCCAAACCAAACUCUCUGAACAAGGUAAAGUGUAAGACUAUACUUUUAAGGAGCAAGACACUCCCUGUGGAGAGGGCAGACUUCUUCAUUAACUUUUUCCACUUUCUAUCCAAACCAGUAUUUUGGUAGGAACUGGGAAUAAGCAAAUGGUUCCAAUAAGCCUUUCAAUAUACUGUAGCAGGCUCAAGACUGUUGCAUUCAAUCUGAACAUUGUUUUUUGUUCAGUCUCUGAAUGGCUGGCCUCAUCACUGGUGGUAUCACAGCUGGCUGUGGUACUGUUUCUUCCAUGGGGACUCAGUGGAAUUAGUGUCUGUCCCUCACAUCAGGACCUUCUUGGCACACUCUUUAUAAUGAACUGAUGCCAUCAGCAUACUGAGGGGACUUACCCAUUUGUUCCUUCUUUCUUUAAAAUCAAAGGUAGCUUUUUUGUGUACUUGAAGACCGUCACUCUCUCCAGCCUGAUAGUCAGGUACUAUAGAGUGGCCAUUAGCCUAUAUGCCAAACUGUAGGUGAGAUGCCAUACUGGUAUGAAGGUGCAGUGAUGGAGAGAAUAUGCAGCUACAUCAAGACAAAGGGACCUUUUUAGAGGAAGCUCCUGUGUUAUAAUUCUUAAAAACUAUUGUACAGUUCAUUGCUAGAGAAUGGAAGGUGGUGCCCGUAUGACAAACAGAUAAGUAUCUUUAGAGUUUAAUUGUUUUCAGAUGGAUAUGGCCUUAGGUUUCAGCUCUCCACCCAUCUCACAUUCAGCAUGUUGGAUACUUCUAUAGUAUUCACUCCAAAAGCAAAUUAUUUCUGGUGAUGACCAAGACUGUCAGAAGUCACUAGUGAUUUCUGAUGGUUUGGGUCUUUCCAUGGGCUCUCAACUGGAGCUCCCAAGAAUUACAAAGCGGUAACCUUCUCCAUUCUCUUUCUGAAAAUCCUGGUCCCCAAUUUUAAAUUAAUUGGUGUAAAAAUUUUCCUUAAGAUAGAAGAAUCUUUGCCAAUGGCAACAUUUGCACUUUUUAGAGCUUUUCAUAGGGUUGCAGGUUGGAAUCUGAUACCAAGAGACCCAGCCAUGCGCAUGGCACAGGUCCACUGUAAGCUUCAGCAAGUUUUACAGCUCUUUCUGUUACAGGCUUUAAAAAACACGCUCUGGCAACUGACAUCCAUGUCUUGUUGGUACAGCAAUUUAAAAAGAAGGAGAAUGCCAUACUUCUACAGUAGGGAUUCUCCUAUUUUACUACCUAGUGAAAAAAUCUGGAACAAUUUGAAAGAUAAGAGUUUAUCAUAGAGUGUUAUCUUAAAAGGGCAUACGAGAAGAAGUUGCGUUAGGCAGAGAGCCACUAGAAGCAUUUUUUUGUAUCAAUGUUAGUUUUGAACAUCUUCCAGUAUAUGGCAUGAAUUUAGAUGUGUGCACUUCUCCUGUUAAAACAGUUUGUUUUAAAAGCUUCCCAGGAUUUUAGCUAUGGUGACCUAGAAAAGCAGUGUUAUAGGCCCUGAGAAAUGUGAAAAUCAAGUCCAGACCCUUGUGUAGCCAGACUCGGUGAGAAGUCUGCUGUAGGUGCCUCUCGGACAAAUCUCCUUUAAAGCUGGUGUAGGUCUCCGUCCUACAGCCAGCCUGUGCAUGUGGAUAACUGCAAGCAUAGCUCCCCUGAGCCCCGUGACACUUCUCACGUGUGUAACUGUCUGCUGGAGCCAUAAGGAAAUAACUGUACUUUUUGGCUUGUAUUUGACUAUUCAUCGUGUUUGGAUUUUUUAAUCACUGUUAUUCUCCCAAAGUAGGCCAUGCUUCCUCAGGGAUAUUUAUGAAAUUGUUCUACAUCUCCUGAACAACUUAUCUGGAUCCCAGCGUAUUCUUCUGAAAACUUUUUAAUAUAAAUAAACAUGUGGGAGAGAUUUUUGUUAUUGUGAAUGGGGGCAGGUACUGUGUUCUCGGAAAGGCUAUAGAGUGGAGACAAUCAAGUCUAUUGCAUUUUUUAUGCUGAACACCUUAUUAAUAGCAGACACAUCCGCUUUUGCCUGGGUCGCAGGAACAGUUCAGGGGAAAGAAUGCUUUAUCUCUAGUCAAUAAAUCAUUUACGUCGAGAGUGCCAAAGACCAAGUCAACAUGAAAGGGAGUGAAUAAGUUAUUCCAGCAAAGGAAGUGAAUUUAAAUAUGCUCAGAGCCAUUAGUUCAGUGGAAAAGAGUGGGAGACUAAUGCUAUUUUCAUAAAACAGCAAUUGUCAGCUCUGUAGAGAUAGAUAAAUUCGCAAAGGCCAGUGCUGCCGUUACACUGAUCACUGGUUAUGAUGUCUGAAACGAAGGAGCACUGUGGGCAGGACGCUGUUCCCGGGUGCAGACCUGCAGCCUUCCUCCCAUGCCCGGUGCCUCUCCCGGCUGCCGCGCUCGCCUGGUUUCUUUGUGUUGAGAAAGGCUGCAGCAUCAGACCCUGCUAAAAAUCACUGAUAUCCCAAGUGCUUCAGACCAUGAGAAGUCCUGCAUUAGAAACCUGAAGGAAUUGCUCAACCCGAAAAGCGCACUGCAGCUGAGAGCAUCCUUUGCACUGUUUUGUUCCUAGGGUUUUUAUCUGCCUGGCUUUCUGUGCCUGAACACCACCGUUUAUUCCAUUAAGGGAAAUGCAGCCUUCCAGGAAGGGAGUUUGAAAAAGCUCCACAAGCUCUAUGGUUUUGCCUGCCCAGCUGCGCGGCCAUGCUCUACCGGUGCAUGCAUCCCUCCCUCUCUGUUCCUUAGGGUAAGCAUUGUCACUUGGCAGCAGCUGCAGCAGCGCUGAGGAAAUUAGACUAUUGAAAAUGACAAGAUUCUGGUUUUGUUUUGCCCUGAAUUUUUGGAAGACCCCAGGCCAGGCCUCAGCAGAUUUACAUUGGUGCCAUCGAAGUCUCUGGAGAUGUGUUGUCUGGUGCCAGCCCUGGAGCCAGGCCUGGGGUGGGUUUUUUGUCACCACUAAAACCAACCUCCACCACAAAGCCGCUCAGUUAUUCAACAUUGUCUCAGGCAAGCAAAGUAAAACCCGGCAUCUUUCACAUUGGUCCCCUUUUCACAGUGAACAUCUCUGCUAUCAGAGUCUCCUCCGCUGCAGGACUGUGCUGCUGUUGACCCUGGUAUAUAUAGACUGUGGUCAAUAAGAUUUUAAUUUAGAAAGAAAAGGUCCUUUGGUGUAAUUAAAAUUGAUGGGUGGAGGGGAAAGUACUACCAGCAUUACCUGCAGCCUCCUACAGUAAAAUUCAGGAGAGUUAUCUGGAGUGCAAAAAACCCCACCAACAUAGCGUAUGGGUGAUUAGGCAGGCUCAUGAGGAUAAAUCAGCAAGUAAGAAAAGUAGAUGUUUAAUGAGGAAAGCGAAAAAAUGUAUGGGAAAUCAGUGGCAAAUAGGUUGGGGCUGGUUAGACCAAAGGCUUUACAUAUAUCCUAAUAAAUAGCGUGGUAGCAAAGCUAAGCCUGAUGCUAGACAGGCACAGCACAGUGAUUACUCACAGUACGUGCGCAAAACAACAAAUAUUCUUGUAUUGUAUUUGAAAACAGUAGAAGGAGGGAGUCAGACUGCACAUUAAAAUGUAAUUCCUCCUACUCCAUCAGUAAGUACAAGUAAUGUUAAGCAGCAACUCUCCAAACAUAUCUUUAAAUUUGUAAAUUAACUGAAACCAAAAGUGAAGGAAAACUUGCCUGGGCCUCCUCAGGACCAGAAGGCAGAGAAGAUGCUUCAAAUGGCACAAAAACCCCCACAAUAACUCAAAAGAAUGGAUGAUUUGAGCCAAAAAAACUACAGGCUCAUUAGCUUCCUAUCAGUCUUAGGCAAAAUCACGACAAGGUUGAUAUGGCGCAAUUGCUAAAGCAAUUAAAAAUUGUUAAAACCCUCCAAAUGAUUUUUAUAGAAAUGUAUCAUGGCAAAUAAAGUUGCUAUCACUUUUUGUGAUACCAAAGGCUUGUUGAUAAAAGAAACUCUGCUGGCACACUGUACUUAGCCUCCUCUAGAUCGUUUGAUUCUGAUAAAGAAGAAAAUAGCACAACGCAAAAUUAAAAUCACCCAUCUUAAGUGGAUUAAAACUGAUUAGAGGCUGGAUCACAAAAAAUAGCUGUAAAUAUGAAAUUAUCAUCAGUGAGACUCUUUCUAAUGAGCUCCUCCCAAGGUGUGCUCUAUUUCCAAUAUUCCUUGCAGGAAAAGAGGAAAUUGCUGUUGGCAACAGCCAGAGAUGACAAAACCAGGGGUGUGGUAAAUAAUGACAUGGAGCAGGUCAGUGGCAGAGAAUAACCUGGGGGACUCCAGAGUCAGAAAUACAGGAGAGGUGGCAGCACGUCCGGCUAGGGGCAUGGGAGUAUGUCUGGAAUAAUACCUUGGAGUGAAGGUGUGAUAAAUAAUCCACUCAACGUCAGCCCCAGAGCUGCUCUUGCCAGCUGGGAUCGAGGACUUGGCAGUAGUGAUGCUGUCCCAGUUUGUUUGGUUGCUGCCUGCCUGUCAAAAAGGGUAUUGACAACUUGGAAAGAUUAUUUUCUAUAGCUCUCAGUGUCAUUCAAGGGCAGGAAAACAGGUCUUAUUAUAGUGUCAGACUAAUGAAGCUCAAGCUAUUAAUUUAUCAGAGGCAAUUUGAAGAGGUGACUUGAUCUCCUUCUGCAAUCACAAUCUUCUACCUGGGCAGGGAAGUGCUGUCUGAAGGCAGGUAGCUCUUCUAUUUAGAGGAAAAGGGAAUGAUGUGCUCCACUGGUUGGAAACUGAUUUCAGGCUAGAAAUUAAGUGCAAAUGCCCAACAGGGAGGAUAAUUACCUGUGGAGACAACUUACUUAGUUACCUGGCAUGUUCUCCAUCACAAAAAGUCUUUAAAUGCAUGCAGAGUAUUUUUCUAAGUCAGUAAGCUCUACCUCAAACUGAAAUCCAGGCUCGGUGUGGCAAUUACUGGAUGAAGUUAUUAGGUGUGUGUUAUGCAAGGAUUAGUCUAGAUCAUCAGAUGUAAACCUCUGAAUUAAAAGUAUGUUAAAGUUUCCAAUAGUGCAGGAAGGCAGGGCAACCUCUAGCCAUUUCUUCACACAAAAUGGUCUCAAUUUAAAAAGCUCAUACGGACAGAGCUGUACUUGAUGGCAUUUGGUAUGAGCAUCGGUAGGUCUACUCACAGCUGUAAGGUUCUUCUGCACUUAAUUAGAGGAAGAGAGCUGGACAAGAAAGGACAACAAAAACCCUUGGACAUAUAGAGAAAGUCUUGUCUUUCAUUAAUAACAGCCUGGAACAAAAUGCCGCGCUCAAAUGAUAGGGCCAAGUGCACGUGUAGUCUGAGCAAGGAACAACAAGUGUGGGUUUGCCUGUUAAGUAAGGAGGUAGCGUCUUGCUGGCAAGAAACACAUUUUCCUGCCUUCAACAACCAGCAGAGAAGCUGCAGGGCUGACUGAGAGUUCUGUUGUAUGGCUGUGCAGCCGAACACAGUGCCCGAGUUCCUUGCUUCAAAGGCAGCAAACUGUUCCUGCUACCGUGAUGAGCCCCAUCGGAGUGGGUUAGUAAAGCCCUGGGAGUGAAAUGACUUCAGUGGGACUACCCAGAGCAAUGACAGCUGCCCCCAGCAGUGGGGCUUCGCAGGCCUGGGCCCUAUUACUGUUGGCUGGUUUGAAUGUUGUACCUUAGAAAUAAGCAAAGGACCACUCUGCCUCUGAUUCAGGUUUCACAAAACGGCUGUUGAUGGAUGUGAGGCAAAGUGUGAAGCAUCAGAGCCACCUUCUACCGUGCUUCAUUGGGCAAUGGGGAGCACGAACUAGGAUGUACGGUUUGAAGAGUAAACAGUUCACUCAAACAAGAGAAACUAUAAAGCAAUACUUACUGCAAAUUGGUAUUGAAUCGGCAUCAAGAAGCUGAAACAAGAAGGGAGUUAGCUACAGCCAUAGCUAAAAAAAGAUCUUUGGGGAUUCUUGCUCUAAUCCAGUGUGAAAUCCUAAGAAAAUUAGUUUGGUCUAGAUUUAUUGUUUAAAGAACAUUGGUACAUGCUUGCUGCCUGUCAAAUAAAUUCUGCAGAGUCACUGGCUUCACUGUGUGAUGGCUUAUGAGUGUCCUCACGCUGCUGAGACACCUUGCGGCUCUGGAGGAGACGGUCCUCAACAGGCAGGACUGCAGUCAGCCUGGACUGAGAAGAAGCUGAUCUUGGAGAUGACUAUAUAACAUCUAUUCUGCCAUAAAAGUAGGAUUUCCAGUGUUGUUACAACACAGCCAGGCAUAGUCUGAGGAUGAGAUUAAAAGCUUCUUUCUGCUAUUAAUUCCAAAUAUAUCUAAAUACUUUUUCAGAGAAAAAAAAAAAUCCUCUGUAGCUGUUGUUACAUCUCUAAUCAUGUUACUUCUGUUAAGCACUCGCCUUGAAUUCAUCUCUCUAAUGUUAUAAGUCACUAAAUUAUAUAGUGAUAUGCAGGGGUUUUUCUUGAAGCAGGGAGAUCGAUACUGCAGCAAAACUGCAUGUAAGCAAUAAGAAGCUGUGCAGAGGAGAAAAAAACCCUCUCUCUGCCCCAUCAGAUGCUUAGAGAACUUGGUUGGUUGGUUCUGUUUAUUGAGAACACCGUUUUGCAUCAAGACAGAAGUUUUCCCUACUGACCCAGGCUCUGUCUCAAGACCAGUCCAGAUAAAGAAACAUUUGGAGUCCUCUUAUGACUUCAUCUGCAUCCCUUGGGUGCAAGAGGCUCCUUCUCUGCUCUUCUUCUGAGAAAGUUAGGAAAGAGAUUAAGUGGCGGUAGAGAAAGCACAGAGCCAGGAGCCUGCAGCCUAUGCAAAGCAUCUCAGCAUCAGACCCAGGUCUCAGCCUUCUCCUGAGCCCAACACCACUGACCCAAGGGGAGGAAUGGGGCCAUGCUGGGUGACCUGCAGGUGAGGCCGGUGUCCUGUGCCGUGCUGAGCGCUCUGUUGACGCCAUGGCAGGAGACACAGACCUUGCAGAAUCAGACCCUGUGUUUCAGGGCAUCAGCUGGGUUGCUGCUGCCUGCUGGGCUUCCCCUGGAACACCAGUGAAGGGCAGGAGGUGACGCUCUGGCACAGGGAAUGACCAGCAUCACCCCAGAGGCUCUGUGUACUGAGGAGAAGACUCCUUUGCUUUGCACUGAGCUGCUGGAUACUUGGUGAGCCUAAGAGGCAUACUUUUACAUUUCCCACAGUUAUUGCAGAAUCUGGAAGUGGCAGGGAUGUGCUUUGGGACACACUGGGCUUUGCUUUCAGUUUCUUGUGAGUACUGCAGGUAUCUGGACCUGCCUCACAAUUAUUUCUUUUUCACAAGUGGGAGUAAGAUGGGAGUAAUACCUGCCGGGCUCUGCACAGCAUAAACCAGCAAAGGGGCUCUUCAUUUGGGCUCCUCUAUUUUGCGGAGUUGAAUUUAAGGUUGAUUGAAGCUGACCUUGAGUAGAGCAGAUAACUGAUAGCUGGAAUGACAGCCACACCUGAGCUGUGUCCAAAGGUUGCCCCAAACCAGCAGCCCAUGGACAGAACCAGACGCCAAGGCUGCGCCUGCACUUCAGCACCAGCAACUGAUGGUGGAUGUGAGCUGCGGGGAGCGAGAGGGGCACUGGGAUGGUCCAGGUCCUGGGAAAUCGGGUGCCCUGAUGCAGGAGAGCUGGAUGCAGAAGGGCUGAGUGCAAAUCCAUGGCCAUGCUGUAUGCUCAAACAGCCUCCUGAAGCCAGCAAGUUCUGUCUGGUCCGGCUGCCUUUGGAGUCAGUUCUGGUUUACAUUCACUAAGGAAAUACUCUUAAGCCAGUGAUCUCCUUUUAAUGUUAACUUGGUUGAAAACCUAGGAACAUGCCAGCAGUCUAAUGGUUAAACAGCAACGUGCUGUUAUUCCCACUUUGUCUAUGGCUGAACUUUUCAAAUACGGAGCCAAAUGAGGUGGCAUAAGACAAAAGUGUGCCUUUUUGUUUGAUGUACACUGCAUUUCUCCAGGCAUCCAAGGUGUUCUUCUGAACAGCAGUGUGUUAUUCCCAAAACAGAAGUUACCAUGCAAUCUAAGUUUCAGUAUACGAAGUGGCCAUCACUGUUAAUUCCACCUGACAGUUUUUAUAGUUACUCUUUAAUUGCUUCUGUUUUCAAAAAUCAACACAAACCAAACCCUGGUGGGAGGGUAGAAUUCUUUUAAACGAUGAAAUUCAAAUCAAUAUCAAGAUUUUGGUAUCUUUGGGCAUGAUCUCUGGAAGCUUUGGGUAUCUGCUUUAUCAUUUUGUAUAUUUGACAAUUUUGUACUCUGCAUUGUUUGACUUCAUUUGUGCAUGGCGAUGUAUUAAAACAUGGAAUUUUUAUUAUACAGCA